UGGCGGGGUGCAGUUACCGAGUUGUUCUGAUUCCCAUCAUUUCCUCUGGUGUGAGAGUUCAAUAGAGGCUAAUUUUCGUCUGAUCAAUGGCGUGAAAGUACAGCUUAAAUAGAUGGUCCUAAUGCAGUAAGCAUUCAAUGUGGGCUUUGGUUUUCGUACGGGAAUAAAGCUGUCUCGACAAGAGAAAGACUUUGGUCGAAGAUUUGACGAAAGAUACACGGUGACUCUAGUACCAGUCAUUAAUUAUCGCUGAAAUCCGCAAUGUAGUCAUUAAURUCGCUCAUAAGUCAAACUAUUAUUUGAUUCAAGAAUAAGGUAUAUCAUAUGGCAAGGAUGGAAUAGGGUCGAUCAUGAGCUUCUAUACUUCACAAGUUGGGAAAUCGUCAUCUCGAUAUAACAACUCAAGCCUCUACGGAACUAAUCUAAGCUCUGUGUAUGCCGAUGGCCCACCUCCUCUGGAUGAUAGCACUCAGGAUGAAGAUGAAGACGAAAUGGUUUUCAAAGAUACCAAAUCAUUACGUGGACACGAAAAGGUAGACAAAGAAUUGUCGAAUCAGCCAGAUGUCCAACCGUGGCCGUCGCACGGUGCUUCGAAAACCCAAACUACUGAUGACGAUUUUGGAGACUUUUCAAGCUUUGCGGACUUUUCAACAGCAUUUGAGAGUACCAAGGAAUCGAGUUCGUCUUGGUUCGGCUCGAAUGGCGAGUGUGUUAAGUCAACUGGAACAUUUUUAAAGAACUCUAGUCAAAACGACAAGUUGUCUAACGACGACGAUGAAUUUGGUUGCUUUUCUGGAGGCGAUGAAAGCGAUUUUGAGGGCUUCAAGGGGUUUUCUGAUGGAAAUACAGAAGAACAAAGUAGUAAUAAUAUUUCAAAUGGUGUUGAGACUGAGAUGACUGGCCACAAUGUUCAAAAUAACUCUCAGCAUGAUGCUAUACAAAAUAACCWYAUGAAGACAGACUUCUUUUCAGAUGAUGAUGAUGAUUGUGAUGAUUUCCAGGCAUCACAUGAAGGGAGUGUGGGUAACAGUAUACAAUCAUCUCAUUCUCCAACUGAAUCUAGAACUACACAAGUUGCCAGCGGAAUGCAGUCGUCAGAAAUGCCUUCUAUAUUUAGUGAUGAUGAUGACGAUGAUGAAUUUGGUGAAUUUAGCAGCUCAGAUUUCAAUAACAUUCAAACUUCAGAUGUAGCACAAAGCAAUUCAACAUUUCAAUUUAGUACAAGUGAGUCUGAUCAUAAAGCAGAUUCUCAAUCACUAGAGGCCGGUGAUAGUCAACAAGACACAAUUAGCACCACCAAAACAAAUGAAAAUGGGGCUAUUACAUCAACUSCAGACAACGAUACUUGGACUACAUCAAACCAGGAGGAUUCAACAACAACUAUUCAUAAUCCUUCCGAAUCUUGCACAUCAGAGAAACAAUCUCAAAAAGAGCACCAAUCAACUAGUGAUUCAUGURAUGAAUUAUCACAAGAUAAAACUAAUCUUGAUUUUGUUGGAGAUGAUGAGUUUGGUGAUUUUAGUGCAAGUUUUGAUACYGAUUCUAAAAGUAAUAAUUCAAUCAAUAAGUUUGUAACUUCAAAUGAAAUGAAUAAUGAAAAUGAUGAUUUUGUCAAGCAAUCAAGUCUAAAAACUAUUACUGAUGAUGCUUGUGAAGAAAUGACUUCAAAUUCUAAUAGAGAUGGCAAUGAUUUUGGUGACUUCUCAGCCAUUUCACAUACCCAGGAGAACACUUAUAAUACAAAGAUUAUAUUGAAUGAUAAUAAUUUGGGAGAUUCUGCAUCAGUUACACAUUCUAAAUCUAAUUUUGAAGAAUUUGGUAGCAUCUCAACACAUGAGCAACAAAGGGAAGAUAGUGUUAGUAUAAGUGAAAAACCUUCAAAAGAUAGCAUGAAUGCACAAGCUGAUCAAGAUAGCUUUGGAGAUUUCUCUUCUGUUCAUUCAGACAUAAGUACCACAAGCAGUCAACCUCAAACUGAAUCCAAUCAUGAUUUAAAMAUGGAAUCUAAARGUGAUGCACAAACUGAUCAAGAACACAGCAAAAAUGAUUUUAGUUGUAUUGAUUCUGAACAUGAAAAAGACAAAGUGGAUGAUGAUGAGUUUGGAGAUUUUGCUGAUAUUCCAGUAUCUACAAAUCACCCAGGAAACAUKMAUGUUGAUGACAUUUCAACCAUUCAACCAUCAUUAUCUACUAAAUUCAGCAGUGAUGAUGAAAGUAAUGAUAAGCAAAGCCAUCAGGAUGACAGCUUUGGCAAUUUUGCUACAUUUCCAGAGUCAGGUAACAAUGAGGAUGAUGAUUUUGGAGACUUUGCUGAAUCCCAACCAACAUUUGAGAAACAACAGCAUCAGGAUGACAGCUUUGGUAACUUUGGAUCAUUUUCAAACUCAGGUGACAUGAACAGUACUGKGGAUGAUAACAAUUUUGGAGAAUUUACUGCAUCAACAAGGAAAUCAUCAGAUAACAAGCAUAAUUCUGAAGAUGRCAAUUUUGGAAACUUUGCCACAUUUUCAAAUCCAGGUGAUGUAAAAACUGGAGAGRGUAUAGAGGAAGAUGAUUUUGGUGAAUUUGGUCAACCAUCGUCCAGUGAAYUGAACAGUUAUGAUGAUGAUUUUGGURAUUUCUCGCAAAGUUCACAAAGUGCAGUUGCCAGUGCUCAAGUUAAGRMUUCCACUGARAACAAUUUUGCAAGUUUCAAGACAGCUGGAAAGAGUUCAGAUGAUUUUGGGAAUUUUAGCUCUGUAAAUGAGGCUACCUCASUGUCUCCAUCACAGKCAAGAAYGCCAUCAAGCACAGGAGCAAACAAUGCUUCAUCAAUCUUUCAACCUCAAAGACACACUUCAAUCACAACAAUAAACAAUCAAGUAAACAAAGGUUUUGUCAACGUACAAGCAAACAUACAAAGAAACAUGGUUAUUGUAAUGUUGCAACAUGAGCUACAGUCAGGAAAACCCAGUGUGUGGACAACUSUCAAAGGGGCAGAAAGAGAUGGAACUCUUAGAUUUGAAUGGGAGGCAUCUGAUCACAAACUAAAAAUGUUGGAAUCUUUGUCCAUGCUUCCUGUCAGAAUACAGACAAGUGYAAACUUUAAGUCAAGUGGACCAGUUCAAACUCCUUUGUUUGCUUCUGGAUUGGGUCUUCUUGAACCAGUCAAAGGAGUUAUAACUCCAUUUCAUCAUGCAGAAGAGUUAGAUCCUUCCCAAGACCCAUUUGGAGCYCCCCCUGAGGUUGGUGUACCUGAUCUUGGUGUAAGUAUCUUCUGUGUUGUUGCCAUAAUCAUUCAUUUUGGSGGAAAUGGAAAYUCAACAAAGAAUGAUACUUUUGCAGGACAUUUAGAAGUCAAAGACAACAUGGAUUCUGUAUCGGUAUCAUCUUCAUUGGACCUAGACUUCCUUGGUUUAUCUGGCAGCACUGGUGAUUUGACAAAAACAGAGGGCAAAGCUCUAUAUGAGGAUGAUCUUCUAGGACUUGGCAUGCAGUUCUCAGCUGUAAAUGAUAGCCCUAARGUCUUCAAUAGCAGUAAAGAUCAAAAGAAAAUCUUCAAAUUCAAUAAUACAACAGUGUCAUURCCAAGUGAUGAUAAAAACCUUAGUGAGCAAGCAAAAAAGAUUGUGAAUGACUUUGAGGAUUUGUCAUUUAUGCUGUCAAAAGUUCUUAUGUUCCCUUUGAAAUCAAAUGAAUGAGCUGAAAAUAUUUCCAUGUCUACACUGACUAAAUAAUAGAUGAAAGUAAUUUUAUGUGCAUUUUUCCUUUCAAAAACCGUACAAUAAUAACAAUAUAUUUUGAUUUAGUUUCAUUUAGAUUAUUGAUAAGUCAGCUGUGUCAUGUUUGUCAUAGAGACAAUAUAAAUCAUAAGCUAGCUAUCUGAGAAAAAAAACAUGAAGUGUUUCUGAUAAUAUUGUAGAUCAAUAUUGGUAGACUUCUUCCCUUCCAGUUGUUUACAUAUUAUUAAACCUCAAAGCUCUCAAAUGAUUUAUGCCUACAUAUCAUGUUCUGUGCAGGCAGCCCAAUUUUAUUAUCUUUUUUGGAAUUAGAAUAAUGUGCAUUGAAUCAGCGGUAAUCAUGCAUAUUUGUUGUCUUGUUGUGCCUUAGUCUGCAUGAAUUGUGUCAUAAAAAUAAAUAUUUUGAUAAGCUGUAGUGGUAAAUAAUUCAUGGGUAAAAUCAUCUAGGUGUAUAUAAAGUAUAUAGCUAUUGUAUAGCUGAUAAUAUUAAAUAAAUUGCUAUUGUACCAAG